AUGAAUCGAAUAUUUUAUUUUUGUUUGUUUACUAUUUUGUUUUGGUUAUCUCUUGUAUCUGGUGAAAAUGUUAAUAAUAAAAACUGUAAUGAGAAAAAUAGGAAAGCUAUUUUAUUAGCUUUAUUAAAAAAUUCAUUAGUAGAUAAUAAGGAUUAUAACAAUAGUGAAGAAUUAAAGUAUGCAUUGGAACAUAUCCAGAAUUCUGAAUUAUAUCCAAAGGAUUCGAAAAAAUUUGACAAAUUUAUUGAUGAAUUUUUUAGUUAUUAUAAUAUUCAUGUAAAUUUUAGUGAUGAAGAAAAAACAAUCUUACAUAUAUCAGGUGUUUUUAAAGAAUUUUAUGUAGAUGUAGAUAGUUUAAAUAAAGAUGAAAUGAAAGAAUAUUUUAAGAAAAAUUAUGAAAAAGGUCUUUCUUUAAUUAAUUUAAUAGUUCAUAGUAAUUUAAUAAUUCAACAAUUUGAUCAUGAUAUUAUAGAUAAAAAAAAAGUACAUGAACAAAACACAAAUACAAAUAAAACUUUAGAAUAUAUAUCUGAUAAUUUAAAUGAUCUAAUUAAUUUCAAAAAUAUUCAUUUAAAUAAUAAUUCCACUGGAGAUUUUAUUAUCAAAUUAUAUACAAAUUAUGUGAAUUAUAUUAACCCUUAUCAAACAAACCCUUUGCCAAAUACACCCCACUAUUACGAACAUAAAAAUUAUCAUACUAAAGAACAUUAUAUAUACGACGAGGAAAUAGUUAAUCCAAAUAUGGAUAAUAUAAAUACACACACUGAAGAGGAUAAUGUGUAUGUAUCAGCUACAAAAGGAAAUCAAAAAGAAGAAACUGAAAAAAAAGAAAAUCAUGAAAAUAAUAAUGCAAUUAAUCCUAAAUAUAUGAAUUAUGAAACAUAUUAUAAAAAUAUAUUCAAUGCUAUAUUUGAACAAAUAGAUAAACUAAAUAAAACACUUUUUGAAAUUAAAAAUAAAAAUAACAGUGAAACAAAUGAAAAUAUUUCUGAAUCAAAUUCUGUAAAUCCAGAAUUAAACAAUGAAAAUAGCUAUUCUGUAAAAUUGUCCAGUUCGUCACCUAUUUCAACUAACAAAGAAUCUUUAAUCUUUCCAUAUACUUAUUACAAUCCAUAUUAUAUGUUCAGAUUAACUAAUAAUUAUAAAGAAAAUGAUGAAGAUUUAAAAAAUGAAAACAAUAUCAACAAUAAUGAAGAUAACCAGAAUGAUAAUAUGAGUAAAGUUUUGGGGAAAAUACAUCAUAUUUUAAAAGAUUUUAAUAUUAAUGAAAAUAUUAUGACUAAUAAAAUGUCAGCACCACUUAUAAUGACAAUCAUUUUAAAUUUUUUCAAAAAAUAUAUGGCUGAAAAUAAAUUUAAUCUUCCAAUGUCAUCAGAGGUUGAAAAUAAAAUUAACAAAUCCAAUAAUAAAGCAUUAUUACAACAAAGUAAUAAAGAUAAACCAAUACAUAAAAAAAAAGAAAUUAGAAAUAAAAAAAUACAAACAAAAGUAGACGUAAUUGAUGAAAAGACAAAAAAAAAAAUUGCAAAUACUAUUUAUGUAAAUGUUGGACAAAGUGGCAUUAAUGGAUUUUUUAAUUUUUUUGAUUUCAGAGAAAAAUCUAUAGAUAGCAAUAUGUUUGAUUUGUUACAUGUAAUGGAAGAUAUGAAAAUAUUUGAUAUUUUCCAAACUGUUAUAUUUAUUCAAAAAUUUACAGAAAAUGUAUGUGCAUCUUAUUGUAUGAAUAUUACCGAUGUGCUAGAAUUGUCACACUAUGAUAUGAUAUUUUAUGAUAAAAUGGUUUUCCAUUUUAGUAAGGAUGGAAUGAUGAUAAAGACGGAUAAAAAAUAUUUAUAUAAUUUAAAAGAAUUUGAAAAUAUACUUAAUCUAUUAAAUAUAAAUGCUAAUACCAUAGCAUUAAAUUGCCCUUGUAAAUUCUAUGUAGACGUUAAUUAUACAUAUUCUGAACAAUAUAAAAUGCACUUAAAAGGAUAUCUCCAUAAAAUGAAUGAAUUUGAUUAUAUUAAUAAUUUUUCAGCAUCGUAUCUUUUAAAUCAAUUAAUAGUUUUCCAAGAUAAAUUUAAUUAUAUUAAAAUGAAUGGAGAACUACCUAUUGAUGAUCCAAAAAAUAUAUAUAAUUUGAAUAAUGUACACGAUACAGCUUAUUAUCAUAAUUCUAGAUAUUUCCUAACCACAGAUAUGCCAAGUUUAGAAGAUAAUUUUUAUGAACACCUUAAAUAUCCUGAUAUAAAUACUAUUCAUACUUAUUAUAAUGCUUCUCCAGUUAAAUUAAAUGAAGUGAAUGAUUUAAAAACUAUAAUUAUUGAUGAAAUAAAAUCAAAAAUUUUCUAUAUUAAUUCUUAUAGAGUAGGAGAUCAAUUUUUCCCAACUUAUAGUGAUUUAGGAAAGGAUGAUCAUGAUUUAGAACAUUCAGCAAAAAAAUUUUAUAACAUAUCUAAUGAGAAUGGAGAUAAUACAUUCAAUAAUAAUGACAACAAUAUGGAUAACAAGAAACGUAAGUAUAAUUAUAAUAAACAUAAAGAUAAUAAUAGCAGAUAUACAGAUAAUAAUAACAAGAAUAGAGAUUAUUAUAAUAGAAACAAAGAUAAAAAUAGCACAAAUAGGGAUAAUUACAACAGAUAUAAAGAUAAUAAUUACUAUUAUAAUAAUAGUGAUAAUAAUAACUAUAAUGAAAGAAAACGCUAUAUUAGGAAAAAAACAUACAAUAAAUUAAGUUAUUUUAAUUUACCAAGCUUGAAAUCAAUAUAUAAUAAUAAAAUUAAGGGAAAUAGUGAAGAAUUCUCAUUUGAUAAUGAAUUACCUAAACAAACUGAAUCGUUUCCUUUAAAUAAACCACAAGAUCAUGAAGCAUUUUAUAAUUUAAAAAAAUAUCAUACCAAUGUGUAUGAACCAAAUGAUGAAGAAAAGGAAAAUGAACAAAAAUUGAAGGAUCAAAUUAAGAUUACAUCAGAUAUUUUAUAUAAAGAUAUUGAAGAAAAUAAAAAUACGGAAGAUGUCUUAUUAAUAGAAACUAUAACUAUUAAUAAUGGAACUACAUCAAAUACAAUUGAAAAUAAUAAGGAUAGUAAUAAGGAAGGAGAAAAUUCUAACACUGAACAAAAUGAUAAUAAUAACAAUGAUAAUAAUAACAAUGAUAAUAAUAACAAUAAUAAUAAUAACAAUGAUAAUAAUAACAAUGAUAAUAAUAACAAUGAUAAUAAUAACAAUGAUAAUAAUAACAAUAAUAAUAACAACAUAAAUAAUAAUAAUAAUGAUAAUAAGGAAGAGGAUAUGAGUGAGAACAAUAAUAAAUCAAAAGUUACAGGUGACAGUAUAGAAAAUAUGAAUGAACAAACAAAUGGUAAUCAACACCCAAACACUGAAUAUAAUACAAGACAAAGAUCUAUUAAUGCAAAAUAUUUGAUUUUCUUUUUUAAAAAUCUUCAUGUAUGGAAAACAGAUUUAUUUUGCCAGAAUAUAAAUUAUAUGAAUAACUACCUAAAUAGUAUACAAUAUAACAAAACCCUCACCUUUGAUAUAAGUUAUGACACAAAUACAGUAACUAUAUAUUUUACUGAUAAUGUUACUUAUACUGUAAAAGUAAACUUAGAAUAUCUUGUAUUUUUAUUAGAAAAAAUAUCAUUGAUAACAUUUGUAGAAGAUUUAUGUUCUCUCUUUGAAACUGAUAAAAAAAGAAAUUAUAAAAAUUUAACUGAAUUCUUAGAAAAUACAGAACGUAUAAAUACAUUUGUAAGAAAUCAUAUGAUGUUGUCUAAUGAACAAUUUAUAAAUAAAAAUAAAUAUGCAAAGGAAUUAGCAGGAAUAUCUACAUCUAAUCUCUUUUAUCCUAAAAAAGAUAUUAUUUUAAGAUCCACACCUUAUAACAAUAUUAUAUUAGAUGAAAAAGAUAUCUACCAAACCAUUUUUAUUUAUAUGGAUGAUAUGUUAACAGAGAAAAUGGUAAAUGAUACUUGGAUUACACCUUACGCAUUUGUAGUCUAUUCAAAAUCCAAAAAAGACAUGCAAGGAAAUAAUAUUAAAAUCGAACAAAAUAAGCAUAUAACCAAAUAUUCUAGAAGUGCAAUUGAUAAAUAUGUGCAUUAUGAAUAUAAAAGAAUUUCAGAAAACCUAAAUCGCUUUUUUAUGGAAUCAAAUUCAAAUGCUCCUCAAUUUAAUGAAAAUUAUAAAGAAUAUACAAUAAUUAUUUAUAAUGAUAAUCCAUCUAUGCCUAAUAUUGUACUUACUACAACGAUUAAUGUAUUCAAUGUUUCUUUCUUACAAAGUAUAAUGGAAAUGUUAUUAAAUAUUAAAGCCAACCAACAAUUCUUUUCUUAUAAAGGGAAAUUCAUACCAAUCGAUGCAUUCAUUACUUUAGAAAAUAAAAUCAACUACAUAUUCUUUAACUAUAUACCACUUGAAAAUUAUGUUAAUAAUGGAGAUGCACUAGAUUUUAGAAAUCCAUAG